AUGCCCUCUUGGCUGGCAGAGGACAACUACGACAUCUUCACCCUGCUCCGGGGACUCUUUGGGCCCCGAGGUUUCAUCGAUCCGCGGCUACGGCUCCAUGCCACCGCGCACGGGCGCGGCGUAGUCGCUUCUGGCACGUUGAAAAAGCACGAGGUGCUCUUCCAGGUGCCACUGAAGUUUAUGCUUCGCAGGAAGCUGCCGUGGUCCGAGGUGCCGCUGUUCAAGGCGAGCCGCAAAGGCCUGUCAGAGGAUGAUGAGAUCAUCCUCUUCCUGGCAGCCCUCCGAAAAUUCGGGAUCUACUCGGAGUGGUACCGUUACCUGCGAACACUUCCGCUGGAGAAAGGAUCCUCGCCUGUGGCUUGGAAGCCCCAGGAGGUGCGGGCCCUUCGAGGCACGCCCGCGCAUGGAGAGGCGCGGCGUCUCCGAAGGCAGCUGUCAGCUCUGUGCGAACGCUUUGCUCGCGACUUUGCCUGUGAGGAACUCCGGUGGGCUGCCAGCCACUACUGGAGCCGUGCGGUAGCCGUGGCCGGGGCUACCCCGAAACCUUUUCGGGCACUGAUUCCAGGGGUCGACCUCCUGAACUUCGACCCCAGAUCCCCGAACUACGUCCGCACGGCCGGGAAGAGCAUCGUUUACGUGGCAGGCAAAGAUUUUGCAGCCGGUGAGGAGAUCUGUGACAGCUACGGGGGAGGCAAGAAUGACACCAACCUUCUCGUGCACUAUGGCUUCCUUGUAGAGGACCCUACAGAAAGUUUCAUCGAGCUGCCCCUCCCCGAGGCUACUGGAGAGCACUCGCAACUCAAGCACACGAUGCUGAUGGCAACGGGCACGAGCAAGGCGAGGCAACGGCUGAAAGUGCGGCCAGGAGGUGACGUCGAGGGCGUGAGUGCACUGAGGCUCCUCCAGCUGAGUGGAGAGGAGUUCAGUUCCUACAACGUGCUCCCCUUGCUCUCGCGCUCACCUGUGCCUGCUGCGCGUGUUCUACGUGCUGAGGUGACAGCCAUGUCCUGGCUGCUCGAAAGCUGUGGGGCCCAAGCUGCGGAGCUGAGAAAACACGAGCCAGCCCGGGCACAGCUGCCGGCAAAGCCCGGUGGGCCUUUUGAGCCCUUUCGGCUGGUCGCCGAAUACCGGGCCAGGGUGGCAAAGCUGUGGAGCGAGUGUAUGGAGGAAGCCGCGAGGCGCCUUGAGCUGCUCCCGCCAGUCCCGCCCUUGCCUCCACCCACACUGCAACGGGCGGACAUUGUGGACGCCUUGCCUCCCACACCAAUUUCUGACAGGGAGGAGGCGCAAUGCGGAGCUACUGAGCCUGGUGAGCAGGUGCCGGUGGCAAAGACGCCUCGUGCCAGCCGGCGAAGAAGAGGAGCUUCCACCAAGCAAAAAUGGCGUCGAGAGGCUGUCCGCCUGUCGGCAGCUGCAGCCAGGUGUGGACGCGCCUGUCCCAUGUGGCUGCACAAGCUGGCCGCUACUGCAUUGGGCGAGGAGCCCUGGCCACUGCCCGGCCCGCUCGAACGGCGUUUGGCUGGCUUUGCCCCGCCCCUCCGGUCCGAAUGGGAUCCCUGA